UUGGGGGGAUAACAGGAGGAGAGAAGCUGCAGAGAGGCAUGUAAGACUGUAACUCUGCUUUAGAGUAAAUUCAGAAUAAUAUUCAGCUUGGAUCAUGUUUAUGGCUCGUUCAGAUUUUUCAGGCUUCUGCAGGGCAACAUUCCAGAAAUGUUUGACAGCUACUGAUUUACUUUGGUUUUGGUCCACACCGGUCAGAGAGAUUGCUUCAUGACAAAACUUGAAAGACAGCUGACGUUAUCCCUCUCAAAGCGUAUAAAUAACAAAUUGUCAGCUGUUUGACUGUGUCGGUUCAUGUACACUCUCCAAUCUGAAGAGAUAAAGAACUAAACUACAGCUGGAGGAUUACUUUGGCAGGUAGACGGCAGAGUUGAGACAAUGAAGUGGGCCUUUGCUGUGUUUGCCAUGGUGGCACUGUCUGAUUGCCUCGUUCAGAUCCCUCUGGAAAAGGGUAAGAGUGCCAGGGAGGUCUUGGAGGAACAGGGUCUAUGGGAGGAGUAUAGGCAAAAAUACCCAUACAAUCCCAUGGCCAAGUUUGAUGGGAGCUUUGCUGUGGGCCCUGAAUCCAUGACCAAUGAUGCUGGUCUGUCUUACUAUGGAGUCAUCUCAAUUGGAAAUCCACCUCAGUCCUUUAAAGUCAUCUUUGACACUGGCUCAUCUAACCUGUGGGUUCCCUCCAUCUACUGCAACAGUGCAGCCUGCAACAACCAUGUCAAAUUUGACCCUGGUAGGAGCAGCACAUACAGACAAAAUGGCAGUCCUCUCAUUAUCACAUAUGGCACUGGCAGCAUGACUGGCUUCUUGGGAUAUGACAUUGUUACGGUUGGUGGUCUAACUGUGACAAACCAGAUGUUUGGUUUGAGCCAAACUGAGGCCCCCUUCAUGCAGUACAUGCAGGCUGAUGGUAUCCUUGGUCUGGCUUACCCAAGUCUAUCUGCCUCUGGUGCGACACCUGUGUUUGACAACAUGAUGAAUGCGGGCUUAAUCAACCAGAACCUUUUCUAUGUGUAUUUGAGCUCUAAUAAUCAGCGAAGCAGUGUGGUGACCUUUGGUGGUGUUGAUACCAACCACUACUCUGGUUCCAUCACCUGGAUUCCUCUCUCCAAUGAACUGUACUGGCAGAUCACAGUUGACAGUGUUUCUGGUAAUGGCCAGGUUGUAGCUUGUAAUGGUGGCUGUCAGGCUAUUGUGGAUACUGGAACCUCUCUGAUUGUUGGACCUCAAGGCGACAUUGAUAACAUCAAUUACUGGCUGGGAGCAAGCAGCCAGAAUGGAGAGUACAUGGUCAGCUGCAACAACAUUGGCCAAAUGCCUGAUGUGAUCUUCAACAUCAAUGGACAGCAGUUCACUCUCCCAGCCUCUGCCUACAUCAGUCCGACAGUACUAUUCCAUCUUCAACAGAGGCCAGAAUAUGGUGGGUCUGGCCAAGGCUAGAUAAGCAACCUGAAGUCAAGUCCUUCAACAUACAUCUUUGUGUUAUA